UUUUGUUUACAUUCAGACUGCUUGAAGUUUAUAAAAUAAUUUUAUUAAAAAAAAAAGUGUUUAAAAAUUGACAGUGCUUUAAUAAGUGAAGAUGAUAAACAAAGUUAGGUGGUACUUACUGUUAUGAUUUAUCAUAAAUUAAAUGAGUGCGUGAUUUAAUCAGGUGACUGUUACUGUAACCAGAAGAUUUAUUCAGAGUGACGGCAAGUGGUCGUAAGACACGUGCAUAUAAACCACGUGUACUGGUGGCGCAUUACCUUUUUACGGUUCCCAUCAGACUGGAUUUAAAUAUUGAAUAAAAAAUUUAUUUUUAAAAUGUGGAUUCAAAUGUCAGAGACAAAGUUUUGAAAAAAAAAAAAAAAAAAAAAAAAACGGUAAUUAUAAUUUAAUUACAAAGAUUAUUAUUGUUGUGUUGUUGUGAAUACGUAAUUACUGAUUGGUACUUACAAUUAUAGAGGGAAGAAUUUUUAUAAAAGAUUAUACUUUCGGUGUGACGCGAUGCUCAGUGCCUCGUUAGCAAAAGCGACCACAAAAACAGUGAAAACGUGUUUCUCAGUGAGCCCAAGGUCCGCGAGGACCUGCUAAAAUGACUGCGCGUCUACACUCUCUCAGGCACCAGGACAAAAAAUCUUUGGGGAGCGGACAUAGACAGCAACAGCAACAGCAACAACAACCGCAGCAGCAAGUCGCGCCUCAAGCACCGAGUCCGGUUCCAAGUCCGAGUCUCAGUCCCAGCCCGAAUCCAAAACACUCUGACGGACGUCGUGCAAACAAACCACUGAUGGAGAAGCGAAGACGUGCGAGAAUAAAUCAGUCACUUGCCGCGCUGAAGGCACUGAUACUCGACAGCGCGCGGCUUGAAAACACGAAGCACAGCAAACUUGAGAAAGCAGACAUACUGGAAUUGACAGUGAGGCAUCUCCAGAGACAGAGAACUUUGGCGCAGCCGGGAUUGUCGAGAUACAAGGCCGGCUAUCAGGAUUGUUCACGUGAGGUGGGUCGUUAUCUGGAUGCUCCUGACAUAAUAACCGGCAACACAACCCCGAUGGACCCAGCGGUGAAGCAGCGGCUGCUGCGUCACCUGGACAGCUGUGUCUCCGAGCUGGACCUGGACCUUGGCUCCCGACCGGACAGCGGUCUCGGGAGCAGUCCGGGCAGCGUGACAGACCGCGUAACAGGUGCCACGAGUCCUACCGGGCUUGACCACCAUCACCACGGGCACACUGUCGGAACAGCGGCUCCUCACUGCAGCAACGCCGGCGCCGCGGUGUUCAACGCCAGUCUGAUAAAGACCGAGAUGGCGGACAUAAUGGAGACCCCGACGCCGAUGGCCAGGCCAGACAGCAGCACCGCCGGGGACGAGAACAACAACAGUCGUCCGACCUCGGCGUUCAGCCAGGUCCCGGCUCUGGAUCACCAGCAUCCUCCAGCCGGGAUCCCGGUGGUCGACCAGGCCUCGACGUCGGGCCAGAACGCCAACAUGCUCUCAGUGGUCCAGGUCAUACCCUCCCGGCUGCCCGAUGGCCAGGUUGUCUUCCUGCUGCCCAGUCACUACGUUCAAUUGGCAGCUGCAGCUGCUGCCAAUGGCAUCAGCAUUGGUCCCAAUCCUCCGACGGCCAUAUGGGCAGCCACCAAUAUGUCUCUCCUCAAAGCCACUGACAAGCUGGCCAAGCGGCCUCAUCAGGAUAUGCCCCAAGACUGGAGCUCCGAGGGGCCCAAGCCGAUAAAAAGCCCCCGGAUCGAACAGCCCGAGCAGCCGCUUGACUUCACCACCACUUCCAAAAAGAUCAACGGCUACAAGCCUCCACUUGACAGCAAUGUCAAUGAUAUUGAUGUCAGUCAUCUCCAGGUUAUGGAUGACCAACACACCUCUAGUCAUACUGAUGCUGAUUGCAAUGACGAAAUGGUUACCAUAAUCUCUCCGGAGUCGACCUCGACUAUUUCACAGCAGCCCGUUAAGGAUGAGGAGGGAAUGUGGAGGCCCUGGUAAAUAAUCUAACCGAGUUUCGAUUGUAAUUUAUAAUAAUAAAAUUCACGAUAAUUAUUGUGAGAAGAGAUUUAAUUAAAAUGAUUGAUUGGAUGUGAUGGGCGAUCAUUAAUAUCCUGCAAUAUCAGGAUUCUUUUUUGUCAAUGUAUAUUAUGUAUAUCUAUUUAAAUAUUAUUAUAUAAUAUAAUCUACAUCUAUACGCAUAAAUAUAAGUGUAUGUAUGUAUGUAUGCAUAGUUUAUAGAGAGCAGAGAAUUUAAUUGCCUACACAGAGCGUCGUAUUGUAUAUAUGAUAUAUCAAAUUGACACUAAAAGUAUUUAUCUGGAGAAUAGAUUUAUUUUGACGUUAUCUAGUUAUUAUGUAUAAAAAUCAGUGAGCAUGUCCACCCUGUACGGGAACCAAGAUACAGAAAGAGUAUUAUUAUUAGUUAUUAUUAUUAUUAUGAUUAUUAUUAUUAUUAUUAUGUAUAUCUAUUAUAAAAGUUAUAACUG